GAGUUUUCGUCUUUAUUUCGUUUAAGUACUUUGGUAAACAAUAGCCGUCUCCAUCUCGUUUUACAAAGAUCUUUCUAAUUGGUCAAAAGAUGCACAUGUGUCUAUAUAAUAUACAUGUAUCUUAACUGUUUCUUUUAGAUAGUAAUCUUAACUUGUUUCUAUAGUUCUUACAUUGUUAAAAAGAGUGACAUAACAGGAGAUUUCAUUAUAAGGAAAAUGACUACUGAUAAAGAAUUCCGGCCUGGGUCAAAUGGACAUUCCAUCUCGUUUCAAGUUCAACCUGAAUCCGCGGUACCAACAACUGAUAAAUUCUGUGAUAAAGUGAAAAAAUAUGGACACGGUGUUUGUUCGGUUGAAACACUAAAAAAUAGACUUCCCAUUUUAAAAUGGCUUCCCAAAUACAGUUUAACAGAUGUACAGAGUGAUGUUAUAGCUGGUUUAACUGUUGGGUUAACAGUCAUUCCUCAAGGUUUAGCUUAUGCUAAAAUAGCUGGUUUGCCACCACAGUAUGGCUUAUAUUCAGCGUUUAUGGGAUGUUUUGUAUAUUGUUUUCUUGGAACCUCUAAAGAUAUAACACUAGGGCCAACUGCUAUCAUGUCACUGAUGACAGGAACAUUUGCAGUAUCACCUGUAGAAGGUGACGCCACGUAUGCCAUUAUUCUUACAUUGAUGAGCGGAUGUGUCCAGUUAUUAAUGGGAUUGUUAAAUUUAGGGAUAAUUGUCAACUUUAUUUCUUAUCCUGUUAUCAACGCCUUUACCUCAGCGGCAGCCAUUACGAUAGCGUUUAGUCAGCUGAAACACAUUUUUGGUCUGAAAAAUAUAUCCCGAGAAUUUUUACAUAUGGUUUAUGACAUAUUUGCCCAUAUCGGUGAAACAAGAAUUUGGGACAUGACAUUAGGGUUAACAUGUUUAUUUCUAUUAUUUUUUUUCAAGAAAUUACGAACUUUGCAAUGGAAGGACGAGAACCCUGAUGAUGUGAAAUUAUACAAAAGAAUUGCCAGGAAAUUUUUAUGGCUCUUUGGCACAGGAGCUAAUGCAGUAAUAGUAAUAUCGGCAGCAGGGGUAGCGGCUGGCCUAAUUGGUUUAAAUAUUAAAGAUAAACUGUCUAUAACUGGUGAACUUAAAGCUGGAUUACCCCCUUUUAGAGUUCCCGAUUUUACUCUUGAAAGUGGAAAUAUCACACAAAGUGCCGGUGAAAUCUUUACGAAAAUAGGAGCAGGACUUGGAAUUGUACCCUUACUGGGGCUCAUAGAAACAAUAGCCAUAGCAAAAGUAUUUGCCAGACAAAAUAACUAUAGAAUUAAUCCUACACAAGAACUUAUUGCAAUAGGUGUAGCUAAUAUUAUCAGCUGUUUUUGUUCUUCUUAUCCUAUUACUGGUAGUUUCUCAAGAACUGCUGUAAAUUCUCAAAGUGGUGUUAGAACACCAUUGUCGGGGGUUGUUACAGGCGCUUUGGUUUUACUGUCGCUGUAUGUUUUAACACCUUUAUUCUACUAUAUACCUAACGCUGCCUUGGCUGCAGUCAUUAUAUCAGCUGUCUUACAGAUGAUUGAUUAUAAAAUAAUAUUGAUAUUAUGGAAAGCCAAUAAAUUGGAUUUGGGUUUAUUAUUAAUCACCUUCAUAUCAUCAUUAGUGAUUGGAAUAGAGUAUGGUAUAUUGGUUGGUGUUGGUUUAUCAAUAUUAAUGGUUCUUUAUCCAUUAGCAAGACCAAGAAUCAAGUACACGACCCAGGAAGAUAUAUUGGUUGUACAGCCAGAUCAAGGCAUGAGGUUUCCGUCAGCAGAAUAUAUUAGUGAAACAAUCAUAGAACGAGCAACGACAGGUACGAACAACAAAUCUGUAAUAUUUGAUUUCCAACAUAUAUCUACAAUAGAUUACAGUGCUGUAAUGUCCAUAAAAAAAUUAAUGGCAGAUUUACAUCGGUUCCAGUUACAAGUUGUUUUAACCAACGUAAAUUCCACAAUAUCUGUUGAUUUAGAGAAGGCGGAGAUACCCGAUUUAAUGAUAUUUUCCAAUGUAGACAAGGCCUGCCAGCAGUUAAAUUAUACAGAACCAACAGAUAUUGCAGUUAUUCAUCUAUAAUUAUCCGAUGUUGUACUAGAAGCCAUUCCACAUUUAGGUGCUAUAUCAGAUUUAGAUCUGUUGUUGAAAAAGUUUUAAUUUCAUAUAUUGUAUAUACGUUAGCACGAACUAAGCAUUAUCAAGAGUAAUAGUAGUUUCCUCUUGAAAUUUAGUUUUGUACUAAAAUCAAGGACCAUAAAAUUCUAAAUUAUCAGCUACUUAGCUAUAUGUUGAAGCAGCUGCUGUGCCGAAGGAAUGCUUUAUCUAGGAAGACCUGAUCCAAUUUUUCAUCCAUAUGCAGCAUUCAUAUAGGAAGUUAUAUUGUACAUUUGUGUGAUUCUUGUGCAAACACCACUUCUGUAAAAUAUUAAUACUGUUCAUUUUAAACUAUUUUAAAGAAUACACAACAUUACUAAUUACAAACCAUACGUCCAUAGAAACUACAGUUUCCCGAAAACCACAUGAACACGAUAGAGGUCAGAUUUCUUGAAGUCAAAUCAACCUUAUCAAAUUUGGUCAAUAUCCAAGUUUUCCUUUAUGGAUAAGCUGCUUUCAAGUGAUAGCUGCUGUGUGGGCGUAUUUCCACUAUCUUCUUUAUGUAUUAGAGGUGCCGUAAUUACUAACUGUUGUAAAGCAGGUAUCGUAAAUUUAUUAUUUUAAGAUAUAACGGGUUAUAUAAUAAACUAAUGGCAUUUAUUUCCACUGGUAAUUGCUAGUAGUUAAUUCGCAAAUAUUGUGAAAUUUACAGUGUUGGAUGACAAAUGGUUUAAUGUAAUGUAUCAGGGAGGACAUAUUGCACAAUGUAUUUACAAAACAUUAGAAGCUAACGCGGUUGACAUUUACAAAAUACGUUCUGUUUAUGCUGUUCUUUAAAAUGUUUAUAAAUCCAUGUAAUUAAUAGAACAUGUUUGAACAGUACUGAAUAUUUUUUUAUUAAUUAAGUUAUGUUUUUCAAUUUUUCAAUGACAUUGUAACUUUUUUUUUUGUAUAAAUGCAUUGCGUAAUAAUUUGUAAUACGACACUAUUGUGUUUGUUAAUGUGUCAAUUUUUGUUAUAUUCCAAUCCUUUAUCAAAUAUGCACAAAUUGUUUUAUGCCACUGUUAAUACAUAUUCUGUAAUCCAUUGAUUUAUUAAGUAUGCUUUUAACAUUUUACAUAACACGCAGAGUUUAUGUUAACAAGUUCAUUGUUCAGGUUUAUAAUAUUUUUUUAUCUUUGACAUUGUAUUGUAUAUAUCCAGGUAUUUUUUUAUAUAUAUGUCCUAAUUUUUAAAUGCACAAAUCAUACUUCAAAACUGAACAGGAAGAACCCUUUUGGUUUAAUUGAAAAAUGGAAAUUUUGAUUUGAUCAAACGUAUUUUGGAGAUGAAAAUGUUAAUACAUUACGUCUGUAGAAUAAGUGCACGUUGAACACAAUCGAUUUUCAUUUUACAAAUCGACAAUUUAAGUUAAAAAUAGAAGACAAACUUAAGGCCAAGAUAGAUUAUUUCUACAAGACUUUCCACAUUCCCUGCUUGAACUAACGAGAUGGAAACCAGUUUCACGAAGCGUCGGCAAGGUUACAUACGCUUAGCAUGGUAUAUUCGACUUAACUGUGAACGUUAUCCUUACAUGCGCAUAGUUAAACGGGGCACCAGUCAACCCAAUUGAACACAACUUAUGCGGCUUUAAUCCAAAGGGAUUCUUCUCCUUUGAACAUUAUACAUUUGUAAAUAAAAUAUUUUCUCUAUAA